AUGGCAAGGAGAAAGGGUAAUAAACGCAAGAAGCAAGCAGACAGCGCCGUCGCGCAAAGCUCGACAGAUGUGCAACCCACCCAUCCCACAAGGCCACAGCCCCCGAGAUCUACAGAUCGCCAGCCUUCUACGAGUCCGGAGCCAAGCAGCUCUCAACUGGCAGAGGAGCGGAAGAAGGUAGACAGCGUCGUCGCGCCCAAAUUGUUAGAUGCAGAACACGCCCAGCCCACGGGGCUUCCAACUCAAAGCUUUACGAAUCCUCAGCCUGCUACGAAAACGGGGCCAAGCAGCUCUCGACCAACAAAGGGGAAGGGGCGAGCUGAAACGCCUUCGGAGCCCUCAGUCGACUGGGAACUGCCACCCUGGCCAUCAGAAGAAUUCGGAGCACCAUUAACUACCAAAGUAUUCCUUGAAGGACUCAGAGAGCUUUGCGCUUGCUCGCAGAAUCAUAUCAGGGCGUCUGCAUGGAUGCAACCCGGUGCUAGCUACUGGUUUGGCAUAAUCAAGAUCCUCUAUCAACAGAUGGAAACCGUGGCUUCCCGGGAGUUAGCGGCUAUGAAUGCCGAGGAGCUCGAGCUAGAGAAGGGCGAGAUGCGUGGAUCAAAGGCGAAGAAUAAUCCGGCUUGGGACUUUCUCGAGAUUCUUCGGUCCCAGACAGGGCCAGAUCGUACUAAUCAAUGGGUUCGUAUUGGGGAUAUGUGGGAGCGCGUCAACAACAAGCUCAACAAGGUCAAUAAUACAUACUAGGAGAUGUUAUCGGGCCGACAGUAUGUUGUCUGUACCCUCUCAAU